AGCUAGCAUUAGAGCUGAGAUGGAUGAUCAUUACAUAUUAGAAGAGUUUACAUUGAGAUGCACACUCGUAUGUGCCUAGGUUUUGCUUCGCUAGGCUUCUUGUGGUCAGAAUAGGUGAUGAUGUCAUCUACGUAUUGGGCACUUGGAGCUUAUAAAACCUGAAGGAAACAUUCUCUCAUUUACUUUUCACACUACUAUCAAAAGUGAAAAACUCUGUAAGACUUCAAACAGCCAAACUGUCUUCUUCUAAGAAGAGAAACUGCAACCUUCUGUCACAGAACAUGCACUGGCAAAAAUCUGUGAAUUCAGAGCAACAGAAAAAUAGCCUGUCCCAUCCAUACCUUGGAGUACGCGUGAAGGAACCAGUCAAAGAACUACUGAAAAGGAAGAGAGGAAACUGCAGCAAUGCCAAUUCUGCAUGUGCCGCUGUACCAUCAUCUUACCAGACAUAUCCAACCUGCACACCAAUUGAUCUGCCGUAUGUUGAUAUGGAUAUACCCACAUCAGCACUGCCUAUCCAUGAUGAAGGAGCCUUAUAUACUAGCUGGAUCUCUCAGGCACCAUCUGCAGCUUUUCAACCAUUGACUCAAUGGACAACUUGCCCAGAUUACAUUUCACAUGAAACAGUUAGUUGCCCAUACACUGGUGAUAUGUAUGUACAGCCAAUGUGCCAAAGUUAUACAGUGGUUGGGCCACCCUCAGUGCUGACCUAUACCUCACAACCUCUUCUAACGAACUUUGCAACAAGAAGUUCAAAUCCAGGUGUUGAUACACAAAUAGAAUAUACAGAUCAUCAAGCACCUCUCACUUACAUUCCAUGGGCCCAACCAAUAUCAACACUACCUGGAGCAACUCACACAAUUCCGUAUCAGACAACUCCAACAACAUUUCAGGGAGCCCAGUUUGUUCCCAUACCCGUUUCAUUACCAGAGCCAGUGCAGCAAGAUCUUGAUGAUACAAGAAGGGUUAUCGGUAGUAUGGAGAAACUUUUGCAGGAAGAUGCAGAUAAUGAGUCCUAUGUCUUAAGUCAUACCCUUUCAAUUGAAGGGCUCUAAAAUAUAACAUCAUAUACUGUUCUUUAUUAUAAUGUGCUUUGCUGGAAAGAAAUUGUAAUAUAUUAAUAAAUAUUAUUUU